AUGGCGAAGAAGGCGCUUGUGCCGCUUCUGGUUGCCUCAGCGUGGGCGGAGAUCCAAGACUGCCUGGUCUCAGGCUGGGGCUACACGGACUCCUGGCAUAAGGAGCUCAAUGGUGGCUACGUGCACAAUGCUGAAACUUGCCAGGAGACCUGCAAAGGAAUGUGGUUCUGUGACGUUUUCACGUAUCACACGGACACAAAGAAGUGCUUCCUCCAAGGAAACCAAGCAGUGGAGUCAGUCAUGCCGAAUGUCAUCAGCGGCCCAAAGACGUGUGCCGCCACUUCGCUGUCAGAGGCCUUGCGCAUGGUGCAGGCGUCCGGAGUCAAUGCUGCCAGUCAAGCCCAGGCUGAGGGGAAGGACUACGCCCAGAUAACCAAUCACUCUCUCGUCACCGUGCUGAAAAACGGCGUAAGCUUGGGCUUGUCGAACGUGCAGAAGGCGCAGGUUGCUGCUGAGGUGAUCGGCCAAGUGUCAGCAAGAAGAACCACCAUCGAUGGCAAUAGUGUCCUGCCGCAAAUCUUGAAGGGUGCAAAAGCUGCUGCUGAUUGGGCCGGCAACUAUUCCAAGAAGGUGCAGGCACAGCAGGCCAUGUAUGCCGCUGGUGCGCUUGCUGGAGACUUCUCCACGGCUCGUGAGGAGACGGUCCAGGAUCGUGCAGACUAUGCGGUGCGAAUGGCCCUGGAUGCUGCGGACACGGUUCCCGGUGCUGGUGGUCUUACAACCUAUGAGCAGCUCGUGAUCGCAGCCCAAGAAGCGGCUCUGGUUACGGCAAGAGCCGGAGGGACCAAGAAGGAAGUGUACACCGCUGUGGCCACGGCGAUGCACAAAGUAGCAGCGCUAUACGGCAAGCCUGCCGAUAUUCAGGCAGAAUGGUCUGCCAUUGGUGAGGCGGCUGUGGCUUGGUGA